AUGAAGCGUCUACUACCUCAUUUGAUAGUUUUUCUCAUUGUCGCCGUCGUUCCAGCUAACGCAGUGAUGGAAGAGGUGGUGCUAAUCGAACAACCUCAGUCGGGUCAUGUCAUCAAGUCGCGACCGUAUCGUUUGUCAUGCAAAGCGGUGAACGCGAGGAAAAUUCGCUUCAAAUGCAAUAACAAAUGGCUCGAUGAGGCUCGUUAUGAGAGUGUACUUGGAACAGAUCCCAGCACACAAUUACCGUACAUGCAAGGAAGUGUGGAGAUCACUCGGCAAGAGGUCGAAAUUGGCUCCGGUCAUCUCGAAGACUUCGCUUGUCAGUGUUACGCGUCUGGAGCCAAGCGAUUCUCAUGUGAUACGCUCAGACCCGGCGCAAAUACGAAUCGGCAUGUGAGUCAAUUACUGAUAGUUCAAUGA